AUGGCAACCUCCUCUGCGUUAUGGUUAGCUGCCUCAGUGCUUCUCUUGAUUGUCUUCCUACCCAGCUUCAUUCAGCCUUCAGUGCCAAAGGGACUCAAAGCUAUACCUGGUCCAAGAGGCUUGCCAGUGUUUGGCAACACGUUUCAACUCAGUGGCCGCCCGCAAGCCCAAUUGAGGCGAUGGGCGAAGCAGUAUGGUGACCUGUUUCAGCUCCGACUAGGCUAUUACAAUUGGGUCUAUGUCAACGAUCCGGCAGCUGUCAAAGACAUCUUUGAUAAGCAAUCAGCAGUCACUUCUGGGCGAAUACCUGCACCCGCUCUGUCGGAUCUUGUGUCGGGUGGCAAGAGAUUCCUUUUGAUGGGAUACACGCCGGAGUGGAGGAAGUUGCGGGCAUUUGUGCAUAAGCUGUUCACGCCGAAGGCUUCUCAAGUGUUCCUCCCUAGUCAAGAGUUUGAGGCGAAACAAAUGAUCAACGAUAUCUAUCGAGACAGCCAACGUGGCGACGAGACUGCAUUCUACAUGCACGUCCGAAGAUAUACGACUUCGGUCGUGCUGACUUCGACAUAUGGCAAACGGACUCCUGUUUGGGAUUGUGAGAUCAUUCGGGAGGUUUAUGGGAUUAUGGAAGAUUUUGGACGGGCAGCAUCACCCGGAGCCUUUCUCGUGGAUUCCUUUCCGCCGCUGGCGCAGAUCAUCCCAAGGCCUUUGCAAUGGUGGCGAAGAUCGGCAUCACGAUAUCGAAAACGACAGGAAAGACUGUGGAUGAAGCUCUUCAAGGAGCUUCAGAGCGCUAGCGCGGCUGGUACGGCUCCUGAGUGCUUCGUGAAACAACUCGUGGAGAACAAUUUCGAGAAACACGGGAUCGACGAACUGCAGGCAGCCUUCGUUGCGGGAAGUACCCAUGAUCGAGGCGGGAUCCGAAACAACCAGCUCGACUCUGAACAGUGCCAUCAAAUAUCUCGCAGCUUUCCCGGAUGCUCAAUCAAAGGCGCAUGCGAGAUUAGCAAGAUCGUCGGCAACGACAGAUCACCAACAUUCGACGAUGAGAAUAACCUGCCUUACAUCCGAGCGAUGGUCAAAGAAAUACUGCGUUUGCGGCCAACGACGAGCAUCGGGAUCCAGCACUUCACGACAGCGGACGUGCAAUACAAUGGAUACUUCAUCCCGAAGAACACUGCUGUCAGUCUCAACCAGUACGCAUUGCAUUACGAUGAGCGACAUAAAGACCCGGACAGUUUCAUUCCUGAUCGGUUCCUCGAACACCAGUUGAAGGCAGGCGCGUAUGCAGGCGGAGCGGAUCCCUACGAAAGAGAUCAUUAUUCAUUCGGGGUCGGACGCAGGAUAUGCCCUGGAUUGCAUGUUGCUGAGAAUAGUCUAUUUAUUACUCUUGCUAAGUUGCUGUGGGCAUUCGAGAUUCGAGCGCCGCUUGACUCCACGGGCAAACAGUCGUACGUUGACGUUUCAGACAAUGCCUACGAGGAGGGAGCUGGCACCUCACCCACCCCAUACAGGAUGCGAUUCAUUCCCCGCAAUGCGAGGCGAGAGCAGACAUUGCUCACGGAAUGGAAGAAUGCCCAAGAGGAGGGCUACUAUCUCGGGGAUAUUAAGGUGUCUGCUGAUGGCGUGGUACAGAAAGAGAAGGGCGGUCCAUGA